AUGUCCGAGAUCAGGCGCAAGCUCGUCAUUGUCGGAGACGGUGCCUGCGGAAAGACCUGCCUCCUCAUCGUCUUCUCAAAGGGCACCUUCCCCGAGGUCUACGUCCCCACCGUUUUCGAGAACUACGUUGCGGAUGUCGUCGUCGAUGGCAAGCGGGUCGAGUUGGCGCUGUGGGAUACUGCUGGCCAGGAAGACUACGACCGCCUUCGCCCCUUGUCGUACCCCGACUCGCACGUCAUCCUCAUCUGCUUCGCCGUCGACUCGCCCGACUCGCUCGACAACGUCCAGGAAAAGUGGAUCUCCGAGGUCCUCCACUUCUGCUCGGGCCUCCCCAUCAUCCUCGUCGGCUGCAAGAAGGACCUCAGGAACGACCCGAAGACGAUUGACGAGUUGAGGAGGACCGGCCAGCGACCCGUGACGCCCCAGGAGGGCGAGAUGGUUCGCCAGAAGAUUGGCGCGACCCGGUACCUCGAGUGCUCGGCCCGGACUGGCGAGGGCGUCCGCGAGGUGUUUGAGACGGCGACGCGCCUCGCCCUCCUCUCGUCCAAGGGCCGCAAGAAGAGCGGCAAGUGCAGCAUCCUCUAA